AUGGGUCGACCAAUGCUGUACGUAUAUUUAUUAGGAUCUAAUGACUUUGGUAGAAGCAUUAUAGGUCAAGUGUUUGUAAUUCAUGUUGUUUUUGGUUUAAUUAUUAUAUUUUUGAUUUUGUUACACAUAGUAAGCCUACAUAAGUUGUAUACACGUAAGGAUGUGUUUGUGUGGUUGGGGGUGUUUUUGUUUACUAUUUUAUUGGCUUGUUAUAGUCUGUGGCUAACAAGGUGUAAGGAAAAUUGUAUAUAUCCAAACGUUCUUUUAACCCCAACAAACAUAAAACCUGAGUGGUAUUUUAUUCCAUUUUAUGCUAUCUUACGUUCAAUUAAAAGUAAGAUAGGUGGAGUCGUGGUUGUUAUUUUGGUUAUCAUUUUAUUUUGGGCACCGAUUCCGGCUUGGUAUACUGGUUUUAAAAGAGUGUAUCGUCUUUUUUUUUUUGGAUCUUUACUUUAUGUUUUUAGGCAUUUUAGGCUCAGUCUAGCCAACGGGUUUGUGUCAAAUAAUGAGGUUCUUUACUAA